AUGCCUCGAGAGGCCAAGCAAAGCUUGAACCCCGCAAGACAUAUACGGCGUGACCAUCGCAAGGACGUCACCGGCUUAGGAUUUGCGGCAUACAGUCCUGUUAAAAAGCGAGAUGCAUACAAGACUCGCACCCGCAACAACUCAAGGCUCAAGCUGAACGACUGCGUCACGAGCGGGUGCUCUCUACCUCUGGACCUCCUUCCGCUGAGCAUCCACUUACACCCCCCCCCAUGCGACACCGGGGGCGCCAUGCCAAUGGAGACAGAACACGAAGGCGCCGACAACGACGACGACUGGGUCGAAACCGAUUCAGAAGAUGAACAGGAACCGGCACCAGUUGACACAGGCGGUACAGGGGGAGCAGAACAAGAACACGACAUUCCGGAUGUGUCUGCGGUGUAUGACGAAGAAGACGACGACUUGGACGACGACCCAGAGCAGGCAGUAGAUUAUGGCCUAGUGUAG